GAGGCUCCGGAGAUUCCGGGACGAGAGAAAAUGGCGGAGACGGCGGCGCUGGUGUGGAUUCGCGGCCCCGGCUUCGGGUGCAAGGCGGUGCGGUGUACCUCGGCCCCGUGCUCCGUACGGGAUUUUAUCCACCGACACUGCCAAGAUCAGGGUGUUCCCGUGGACUGCUUCUUUGUGAAAUGCAAUGGAUCACUCGUUAACACCAGUGACACAGUGCAGCAUGGAGCUUUUUAUAGUUUGGAGCCCAGACUUCGUGGUGGAAAAGGAGGUUUUGGCUCUAUGCUCCGAGCACUUGGUGCUCAGAUUGAGAAGACAACCAAUCGAGAAGCUUGCCGGGAUCUCAGUGGAAGGAGACUACGAGAUGUCAAUCAUGAAAAAGCAAUGGCUGAAUGGGUCAAACAGCAAGCUGAGCGAGAGGCUGAGAAGGAGCAAAGGCGCCUGGAGCGGCUGCAGCGGAAGCUUGCGGAGCCCAGGCACUGCUUCACCAGCCCCGACUACCAGCAGCAGUGCCACGAGAUGGCGGAGCGCCUGGAGGACUCCGUCCUGAAAGGUAUGCAGGCUGCCUCCAGCAAGAUGGUAUCGGCAGAAAUCGGGGAGAAUCGGAAACGGCCUAACACAUCAGGCACAGACGAAGGAGCCAGGGCAGGGAAAAGGAAAUGCUUUUGGUUGGGCAUGGAAGGACUAGAGACUGCAGAGGGGUCCAGCUCUGAGAGCUCAGAUGAUGACAGUGCAGCACCUGGUACUUCAGGAAUGAGCUGCCCUGCUCCCACAAAUGGCAGUGAUGGUGUUGAGAUGGCAAGUGGAUUUCCCAGUAGUUCUCAGAGGGCGAGAGUAUUGAGUACAGACUCCAGAUCACCAGGAAAACCAGAGACCCGAGGGACUGACUCUGGGAACGGUAUUUCAGAGGACUUGUGUGCUGAGCUGGGAGAGACAUCUACUGAGGAGUGUGUGGAAAGGAAGAUGGCUGUUGAAAGAGAGAGAACCCGGGAGGGAAAGGAGGCAGAGAGUAGAGAACCCAUCGGAAGGGAAGCCGCUGGGGCUGGACUGAGUGAGGAGAGAGAGACAAAAGGAAGGACUGAUGGGGAAAGCGCUGCCAAGCCUUCACCUGGAGGAGAUAGGGAGAACAGUCCCGUGGCCGAACUGGAGGAAAGCCGGUCAGCAAACACCGGUAUUCGUCAGGAAACUCUAGAUUUGCUGGCAUUCAGCUCUGUUGCAGAAUUGGAGCUGCUGGGUUUGGAGAGGCUCAAGUGUGAACUGAUGGCCCUGGGGCUGAAAUGUGGGGGCACGCUGCAGGAGCGGGCGGCCAGGCUCUUCUCUGUCAGAGGGCUGGCCCAGGAACAGAUAGACCCAGCUCUAUUUGCCAAGCCUUCGAAAGGGAAGAAGAAAUGAAUCUCACCGGAGCUGGUUUCCGUUUCUUUAUAGUCUAGCACUUACAACCUACCUAAUGUUGACUCUUGGCCAUUAUCCCUGUUGAUAUUAAAGCUGACUUUUUAAUAACCC